AUGUCUAAUAGAGAUAAAGAUAAAGAUAAAGAUUCAUUGUUCAGACAAUUGAUCUAUAAUCGUUAUUUAUAUAAGUUGUUAUUCAAUCAUGUUCAUUUGAUCAAUCAGAAGGUGUUAAUAUCAACAUGUUUAACAGAUGAUGAUCGUGAUGGACCCGACUCUUUCUCAACUACACAUGACAUCAACUUCUUCAAGGGCAAGAAAUGGCCCGAGUUGGUUGCACAUUGGACUCAAUGUGUCGAUAGACGCUUCAACAAUCGCGACACUGAAAAGCGCCUCAAUGCACCUCCCAUCAAGUUUGAAUGUGGCUCAUUCAAGAUGUUCCAAGGACACAAGGACAUCAUCAAGUACAUCCUCACCACAACGACAGCGACAAGCAAUGAUCACGCCUUCAAGUCAUUGAUGGCACUGGAUGCAAUGUCAUCGAUUGGACGUCUGGACCUCGUUCAAUAUCUGCACGACAAUGGCGCAGCGGCCACAACAAACGCGAUGGACCAUGCUACCUCUUUGGACAUCUUUCUCUUCCUCCAACAACAUCGAACCGAGGGCUACUCAUGUAAAGCUCUCGAGGUGGCCUCACUCAACGGACACUUGCCCUUGGUCCAGUAUCUGUAUGAUCUGGACAUGGAGAAAGGGAUGUUGGAUCACGAAGACGCGCUGGACUAUGCCGCGAUUGAAGGUCACUUAGAUGUCGUUCGUUUCCUUCACGAGCACAAACUGGGUGAUCAAGGCUGCACCGCUGACACGAUGGACAGAGUGGCGGCCAAGGGCCAUCUUGAAGUGUUAAGGUAUUUGCAUGAAAAUAGGACCUUGGGCUGCACGACAAAGGCCAUGGACUGGGCUGCGUUCAACGGCCACUUGGAUGUAGUCCAAUUCCUGCAUGAGCACAGGACAGAGGGCGGAACAAGUGAUGCGAUACUAUAUGCCACACAUGAAGGACAUCUGCCCAUUGUUAAACUGUUCCACGAGCAGAACCGAACCGAGCCAUGGACCGGGGAAGUGAUGUCGAAUGCUGUGAACGCCGGACAUAUGGACUUGAUCAAGUACCUCUGUGUCAAUCGAACAGAGGGAUGCUCUACGUCGUCCGUGCUGAUGGCCGCGCUCAAGGGCCAUAGCCAAGUUAUACGAUACCUUCACGAGCAAGGACUCGACUAUGCAUUCACAUCAGGUGUCAUGGACAAGGCCGCGCAAGGUGGACAUCUGGAUAUCGUCGCAUUCCUCCAUGAACACAGAACUGAAGGCUGUACGACACAAGCGAUGGACAAUGCCGCCGAGAAUGGUCACCUUGACGUUGUAAGGUAUCUUCAUGCCAAACGAACAGAGGGCUGCACACAGGGCGCAAUGCACGGUGCAGCGUACCAGGGACACUUGGAGAUCGUACGCUUCCUCAAUGAGAACCGCACCGAAGGCUGUGUGAUAGGCGAGACGAUGGACAUGGUGGCGAGCAGGAGACGACUGGAGGUGCUCGAGUAUCUUCACAACAGGCGCACGGAAGGCUGCACAUCUGAUGCGAUGGACAUGGCCGCGGCCCGAGGACACCUGGAGAUGGUAACCUUCCUUCAUCGCAAUCGAACGGAAGGCUGCACAACUGAUGCGAUGGAUGGCGCAGCAGCCACUGGAAGUCUCAAAGUCAUACGCUUCCUUCACGAGAACAGAACAGAGGGAUGCACGGUGAAUGCCAUGGACUUUGCAGCGUCCACUGGUCAUUUGGAAGUUGUACGCUUCCUUCACGAGAACAGAACAGAGGGAUGCACAGUUUAUGCUUUGGACCAUGCCGCGGCCUUGGGUCAUGUGGAAGUGGUAAGAUUCCUUGAAGAGAACCGAACAGAGGGAUACACAAUCAUUAAUGAGGACGAAAUCAACAACAAUGAAGAGGUACAAUAA